AUGCCUGUGUCACCUUUGGUCCUCGCCGGCGACGAGAAGCUUAAGCCGCCCCAGCCUAAAUUUGCCAUUGCGGAGGGUGCAUCUGAUGCCGACCAAGAGGCCAACAGGGCGUCGCACCACUCGAGGACCACGUCUGGCACCGUCUCAUGGCACGAGUCCCCUCCUGUGACUCCCCGCAGUAUUUCGUUCGGAAACACCACCAAUCCUUUUUCCGCAUCUCUCAUUCACCAGAGCUUUUACACUACCGACCAGACACCCGGAACAAGUCCAACUCAUCUUCAAAAUGAAAGUAACGGCGGCUUCCCUUUUCCAGACGUUGGAAGCAGUACACCCCGCAGUGGCGUGACUUCAGUCUCCACAAGCGUGGCCGACCUUACACGAAACUCACACUCGUUUUAUAAUCGAACGGCCGCAGAUUAUGGCUCUGGAUCGCCUCGUCCUAUGUCGGCCCGCUCUAGAGAGGCUUUUGCUUCUCCUCGAACACGCCCUAUGACGAUGUACAGUACCGUUCAGCCUUCUAUCGCCAAAAUUGAACGCGAUCGCCCCAAAUCUACUAUGCUAGCCUCUCCCGACCUUUCCAAGCCAUGGCUACAGAAGCGUGAUCCAUAUCAACGCAUAUCAUACGCCCUCACCUACGCCUUUAUUUUUUUGGGCUUUGCCGCAGGAGCCAUUCGGUGUUACUUUGGCUGGAAAGAAGUCAGACUUCUGACAGGAAAUCUAUGUCCAGUCCUUAUUGAAACGUUUGACACGGAGGAUGGCGUUUUUGGCGACAAUGGGAAAUUUUUCCGAGAGGUCGAUAUGAGUGGAUUCGGAAAUGGGGAAUUUGAGAUGACCACAGCAUCAGAAAAUAACUCCUAUGUUCGAAAUGGCAUGUUGUACAUCACGCCUACUCUUACGUCAGAUAUUAUUGGAGAAGAUGCCAUUGUGGACGGCCAUGUCUUCAACAUUACAGGUUGCACCUUCAAUAUCACCCAAGGAAUCUCCUACACGUCCUCGAUUGCACUGCCAACUAAUUCUAGCGCCAUCGGUGCUGACCAGGCUUUCGACAUUGGAUCCUAUACUAGAGCCUGCUCAGCUGUUAGCAACGCAACUAGUGGUCAGAUCAUCAACCCUAUUCAAAGUGCUCGUAUUAGCACGCGUAAAACCGCAAGCAUUCGGUAUGGCCGCGUCGAAGUCAGAGCAAAGAUCCCCACUGGAGACUGGCUCUGGCCUGCAAUAUGGAUGCUUCCUGUUGACAACACCUAUGGGCCAUGGCCGAUCAGUGGUAUGUUCUUUUUAGAAGUUCCGCCUACAUCACACAUCGCUCCACUCUUCAUUAACGAGACCCGUGAGAUCGAUAUAAUGGAGGCUCGCGGAAAUGGACCCAACUAUCCCUUCCAAGGCACUAACUGGGUCCGCGGCUCUCUGAACUGGGGCCCAUUGACGUGGUUAAACGCAGUCUCUAAAACAUUUGGAGCAUGGCCUUUGAGACGAGGAACCUACGACCAAGGCUUCCACGACUACGUCCUUGAAUGGGACCAAGACUUUAUGCGGAUAUCUGUGGAUACACGUCUUCACCAUCUGUUGGACCUCCGAAUUAAUGAGCCAUUCUUCAAGCGAGGAGACUUCCCGGCGGUGGUACAGAAUGGGUCGGAAGCCGUCAUCUUGGACAAUCCGUGGAAAAAUGGAUCAAAUGCUGCCCCCUUUGAUCAACCCUUCUACUUGAUCUUGAAUGUCGCUGUUGGUGGUACCAACGGGUGGUUCCCUGAUGGUGGUGGAAAGCCUUGGUUGGAUGGGUCAAAUACUGCCAUGGGCGAUUUCUGGGCCAACAGGAAGCAGUGGUUGCCUACGUGGUCAACAUCAAACGUCGAAGAUCGAUCCCUGGUUAUUGACCAUGUCAAGAUGUGGCAACAGUGCUAA